GAUUUUUGGUACUUCAACAACAUUGCAUUCAAUGUGGCGGAGAAUGCUUAUUGGCUGAAUUUGGUGACUGCUAUGACAGUUUCAAGAAAGGGGUACAAGGCCCCUUCUCGCAGGGAUUUGAGUGGGAGUUGCUCACAAAUGCAGUUGCUAGAGAAAGAUAAGUGAUGGAGGAUCAAAAAAUUGAAUGGGCAAAUUAUGGCUGCACCAUUCUUUCUGAUGGGUGGAUAGAUAGCAAGAACCGCACCAUCGUCAAUUUUUUGGUCGCUUGCAAAGACAAUGUAGUGUUCUUGAAAUUUGUUGAUGCCUCCAGCAAGGUGAAAAAUGCAGAAACAUUGGCUGGAAUGUUGGAGCAUGUCAUCAUGGAGGUGGGGGUAGAGAAUGUGGUGCAAAUCACCACAGAUAAUGCAGCAGCAUAUGUGUCAACAGGAAGAAUCCUCCAAAGAGGCACCCCACUCUUUUUUGGACACCUUGUGCAGCACAUGUCCUUGACCUUCUUUUGGAGGACAUAGGAAAACUUGAGUGGGUGACUCAAGUUGUGGAAGAUGCAAGGAGGAUCACCAAAUAUAUUUACAAUCACCCUUGGGUCCUAAAUUUGAUGAGACAACACAUGCAAGGGAAAGAUUUGGUUAGAGCUGGUGUCACAAGGUUUGCAACGAUUUUCUUGACGUUGCAAAGCAUUCUAGCUGCAUUGACUUCUUUGAAACAAAUGUUUGUGAGUGGAGAAUGGCUUAACUCACCUUAUUCAAAGAAGCCUGAAGGAGAGGUUGUCGCAUGCAUAGUCUUCGACAGCCAAUUUGCACAAAGGGCUACAGAGAUUGUGAAGGUGUCAGAGCCCUUGGUUCGAGUUCUUCACUUGGUGGAUGGGGAUAAAACCCCAAUGGGAUAUCUUUAUGAGGCCAUGGAUAGGGCCAAGGAGUCUAUCAAAAAUUACUACAAGGGGGAUAGGCUCAAAUUUGAUCCCAUUUGGGAAAUUGUUGAUAGGAGGUGGAACAAUCAGCUCCACCAACCCAUUCAUGCAGCAGGGUACUUCCUCAACCCUCGUUUUAGGUUUGGGUGUUCUUACUCAGAUUCGAAUGGAGAAGUCAUGGAGGGCCUCAGUACAUGCAUUGAGAGGAUGGUACCUGAUGUUGAGGAGAGAGACCUCAUUGUGAGUGAGCUCCAAAAUUACGAGGGAGGGAGGGGUAAGCUAUUCUCUUCAAAGCUGGCUAGGAGAGGAAGAACCACUCAAACCCCAGAUGCUUGGUGGCAAAAUUGGGGUGGAAACACCCCACAUCUCAAAAACUUUGCCCUCAGAGUCUUAUGUCAGCAUUGCAGUUCAUCCAGUUGUGAGCACAAUUGGAGCUUGUUUGAAACAAUCCACACGAAGAAGAGGAGCAAGUUAGCGCAGAAACGGCUCAAUGACCUUGUCUAUGUGCAAUAUAAUCUUUGAUUGCACGUAAGGAAGGUAGAGGAACUAGAAGGUGGUCCAAUUGACUUGGAUGAUAUAGAUCCUUACAGUGAUUGGACAUCACAGGAGCAGCCUCCAUUGUUUUCCGACACUAACAUCACUGAUUUGGAGAGGCAGGCUAUGGAGGAGGAGGGUGGAUUUGGUUUCAGGCUGGAUGACAUUGAGGAGGAUGAGGAUGAGGAUGAGGAUGAGGAUUCAUUGCCAAUGCCAGAAGCAGGUGGAGACAUAGCUUCAUCCAGGAUGGAGGAUGAGUCUCAAUCAACCAUACCGAGCAAGGAGGCACAGUCACGCCCAGUCCCACAGCAGACUUAUACGACUAGACAGUCUAGACCCUCUAGUUCUACCUCUCCCCAAGCUUUUGCUAGAGCUGGGAAGAGGAAGUUGUAAUUGUAAUUUGUAAUGAUGUAUUUACUUUUGUUUUUACAAAAACUAUUUAGUAAUUUACUAUUUUGCUUCCAGGCUUCCAGCCAUCAACAUUCCUCAUGAGGAUGCGAUUUUGU